AGAAAUAGGCGCAAAAUGCGGUUACACCCAGUGUUGGAAAACGGAAAAGGGAAAACAAAAAAAGUGAAAUUUCUCAAUUUAUGCAAAUGCCGUGAUAUAAAUAAAGCAAACGAGCAGGAGGAGGUGGAGCAAAAACAUGCAUUUAAAUUACGAGUCAUUGAGCUGUUACACUUUCAAUCAGCGUUGUGUCAAAUCGCCCCCUUCUCACCACAUCCAGUCAGGGCAAGUAAUUAUAGCACUGCCCAUUGUAUUAGCUACACUUUGUUUCGCUCUACUUCGAUAAAGUCGCCAAAAUGCACUGAAAGUUUAUUGGCUUUAGAAAGAGUUUUACGAAACGCACAACGCAUUUCUUAUCUCAUUGCUCAAUUAAGUGAUAAGAACAUAUAUGCACCAGAGUCAUACGUUGCCCUCGACACAAAACUCGCAUUUAUCUACCCAGAGAAGAUUGUCAGACUGUCCACGGACCAGUCGGCACGUCAGCGUCGUUUCGUCCCAAUUGAGGAUGCACAAUCCGUUGAGCUGCAACGCCGGCGUCGUAACGCACCAGCGGCAACGGCUGACAGCACGCCAAUUCUGGGCUCCACAAUGGAUGUUAAGAAUCAGUAUCAGAGCGUGAGUGCCAAUGUGAAUGCGAGCGGAAGUACCUCGACAACAGAUGGCGCCACAGUCACCACUGUGGACAGCAAGACCUCUGCAACUGGCAGCGUUACCUACAAUGUGCACAACGUGGGCGUCAAUGGCACCGGCCAGCGCAAGGAUUUAAGCAGUCAGCAAAACGGCAGCAGCGAUGCUGCCAACAGCACCAAUGGCACCACCAGCAUCAAUGUGGCUGCUGUGCAGAGUGCACCGCCAAAGAAAACGCAAUUGAUGGCUUCGCAGCCAAUGCAAUAUCCCAAGAAGGUGGCCGCCCAAUCGGUUCCGGCGACAACAACCACCACAGAGCGUCCACUCAUCGAUGAGGUCGAUGUGUCAGACGAGGUCAUCACCAAAGAGGCCAACAAAUCACAGCUCACCCGACACGAGGAUCACUACGAUUACUAUCGCAGCCUCUUCUACAUAAACGAGACUGAGACUUCUGAAAUCUGGACACAAUAUCGCGGCAUACCGGAGAACAGUAUGUUGUCCUCGUCGUAUCGUCGAGCCAUGACUGUCGAACUGAAGUUCGGGUUUCCCUUCUACGGACACAAUGUGCGCAAUAUAACCGUUGCCACCGGCGGCUUUCUCUACACUGGGGAGUACGUCCACUCCUGGCUGGCGGCUACGCAAUAUAUAGCACCUCUAAUGGCCAACUUCGAUACGAGCAUGUCGGAUGAUUCGUUUGUGCGGCUCCUGGACAAUGGCACCGCCUUCACUGUCGUCUGGGAGAAUGUCACGCUGCAGGAUAAGCCUAACUAUGGCAAAUUCACGUUCAGUGCCACCUUGCAUCAGACUGGAGAUAUUGUGUUCGUCUACUAUCAGCUGCCCACGUCGAUCAACACCAUACAGGACAAUCAGCAUCCAGUGAAGGUCGGACUAUCCGAUGCCUAUAUCGUGGACAAGAUGCUUUUAUUCGCUCGCCGCAAGACUAUCUAUGAAUACCAUCGCGUAACAUUUGGCCAGCAGGAAAUUACGAAUGGUACAAUUGUCGUCCUCACUGCCUUGCCCACAUGUCUCGGCUACUCAGACUGUCAGUCGUGCAUCAAUCACAAUACAACAUUUGAGUGCGUUUGGUGCCCCACGCUGAAUCGUUGCUCCACAAAUACCGGCAACGAUCGCAGAAAGCAGAAAUGGCAGCAAAGCGGCUGUGAUCGUUCGAUGAUUAGCAGCAGUGAAGCUUGCCCGGUGCUCGGCCACAAGGGCAACAAUGCUGCUCAAGAAAAUAAAGAGAACAACAGCAGCGACAACAAUAGCAGCAAUAACAGCAACAACAGCAGCAUACCCAGCGGGUCGUCCGAUUCCAAUGGGGCCGCAGGCAGCUCAGCAGUAACCGAGCCAACUAUGAGCAGCACGCAGCAUUCGGCAAGCGGCACGUCAGCGGGCGCAAAAGCGAAUCGCGAUGGCGUUAAUGCCGAAAAGAGCGAGCAUCUCGGCGCCGUGCUGCCGGAGAAUAAGAAUGUAGGCGUUGCCGUUGGCUUUAUGGUGCCCAUUUGUCUAGUGUUCGCGGUGACACUGUGGCUCUUCUAUGCGUACCGAAAUCCGCACACAAGGAGCGGACAGCUGCUCAUACAGUUCCGUCCAAGCCAGUGGUCAUGGCGACGUGGUGAGGCGCGCUACACGGCGGCCACGAUACACAUGUAGUUCAGUUGAGAGAUAUAUAAUCGUGCAUCUUUUGCGUGUCACUGGGAUGUAACGAGUCACAGUCGUGACAAAAUAUCAGUAGAAUCCCUGCCCCUAACUCCAAACGUCCCUCCAGUCCUAGCUUAUCAACAAUCAACGAUCAACAACCAACAACUGCAACUGCAACUGUGACUUGUUAUAUAUGAAAUUGAAGUUAUAUAUAUGCAUAUGUACCAACGGGCAGCAACUGAUAACUCCCUCUAUCUUGCUACAUGUAACCGUCACAGUUGUCAUCGUUGAAUCGCUCAUCUCAUAGUGAAGAAAGAGAGAAAGAAAGCAAAGCAGAAAAGUGUUUUGCCAGCAGGAAUCAGCAAGCGCAACUACUUUCCUUUAGCACAACCAAAAUCUGAAGAUUUGAAGAGAUCGAAAAAAAA